AUGAAGCUCUCCCUCAUCAUCAUGGCAGCUGCCUCUACCCUCGUCCUCGCCGGCGGCGGCGGCAAGCCAGAGAAAUCUUGGCUUUGCAAGAAGUGCGACAUCUACCGCCUUGAACACUGCCAGAAAGACGUAUGCAAGGACAAGCUCGACGGCGGCAAGUUCCAAGGUCCUAAGUGGCGGGACUGCAUGGACGACUGUGACUACAGUGAUACCUGCAAGUACGUGCCUCCGGGCGAGACGGUGACUUGCGGCCAUGAGCUAUGCGUCGAGUCUGUUCCCUGUGUUAUUCCACAUGCUGGUUCUUCUUAG